CUGAAUAUAAACUGAACAAGUCAAUCGACGGUCUUUCAUUUCAUUCCCACAUCCAUCAUGUCUGGACUAAUUUGGACUGAAUUACACUUGACAUCAAUCUGAAGUGAACAUAAUCGCAGUGACAGGCUCGCAUCUUUCUCCUCCUCCUCCCCCGUUAUCCGCCGGUCACCCACAUGAGCGCGAGACCGCGAGGAUGAGGAGGAGAGCGCGCGCGCGCUCGGAGAUUACCGCGUGAGUGAAGUCAAAGAAGAGAGACCGGAGGGAUUAACCUGCGAAAACUACAAGAAAACAUGAAUUAAAAAAAAAAAAACGCGGCGCUGGUAAUAUCGUAUUAAAGAUGGGUGUUUUCGGAGAAUAAAAAAAAGGAAGAGAGAACGGAACGCGCGCUUAAUUACCGCCAAAACACGAAGUGACCUCGAGCAGAAGACAGGUUUAAGGCAAAUAAUACGUUUACAGAUUAGAUAUUUGUUUCAUUAAGUGUGUGAGAUACAUCGAGGCCUGUGCGUCAUCCGUUAGGAUGCCGAUCCCCAAUCUUUCAGAGUAAAUGGAGAACGUUGUUCUGUCGCAUCACUGAAGACAGCAGCACAAACACGCUGAAGAUCAAAUACAACAUGGGAAGCAACCGAGCCAACAGGUACAGCAUUGUGUCUCCUGACGAGGAGGCACUGAAGAUCUCCACCCUCGGCCUCCACAACGGCCACGGCUCUGGCCGGCUGCACUCCCCCGGAGAAGCGGAGGGUCCGAGCGCGGCAGCACUGGCGAUGGGCACUGGCUACAAUGGGAGGAUCUCCACGUCUGGCCGAGGCCAGCUGCGCAGCCGCUUCGUCAAGAAGAACGGCCAGUGCAACGUGGUCUUCACCAACAUGGACGACAAGCCGUGGCGGUACCUGGCGGACAUCUUCACAACGUGCGUGGACAUCCGCUGGCGGUACCUGCUGAUGGUCUUCUGCUCCACUUUCUUGGUGUCCUGGUUCAUCUUUGGCUUGAUCUUCUACAGCGUUUCUCUGGCUCACGGGGACUUUGAUAAUGAUCGUGGCAGUGGCGGGAAGCAGUGGAAACCAUGUUUGCUGCAUGUGGAGGGAUUUGUAGGGGCCUUCCUGUUCUCCAUUGAGACCCAAACCACUAUUGGCUACGGCUGGCGCUGCGUGACCGAAGAGUGUCCCGUAGCGAUCGUGACGGUGGUGGUGCAAUCGAUUGUUGGAUGCAUCAUUGAUUCCUUCAUGAUUGGCACCAUCAUGGCCAAAAUGGCACGUCCAAAGAAGAGGAACCAAACCUUGCUUUUUUCCCAGAACGCAGUGAUUGCGCUGCGCGACGGGAAGCUGUGCUUGAUGUGGCGAGUUGGGAACCUUCGGCGGAGCCACAUUGUUGAGGCUCACGUCCGGGCGCAGCUCAUCCGACCCUACGUGACGGCUGAAGGCGAGUUCAUCCCGCUCGAACAGAUGGAUCUAAAUGUGGGCUACGAUGAAGGCACCGAUCGCCUCUUCUUAGUGUCGCCUUUGGUCAUUGUGCACGAGAUCGACGAGGACUCGCCGCUUUGGACCAUGAGCCGAGCGGACCUUGAGUCCGAUGACUUUGAGAUCGUGGUAAUCCUGGAGGGAAUGGUGGAGGCGACGGCCAUGACCACGCAAACCCGAAGUUCCUACCUCUCCCGCGAGAUCCUUUGGGGUCACCGAUUCGAGCCAGUCAUCUUUGAGGACCGCGACCGCUACAAGGUCGAUUACGCUCACUUCCACAAAACCUACGAGGUUCCCUCGACGCCUGCCUGCAGCGCUAAGGAGUUGAAAGAACUGACUGGGCGCCGUUCGUCCACUUCGUCCCGUUCCGAGACGCCGGACAGCCGCUGCCACCGCGGGGCCCAAACGCUCUUCCCACCGCACUCACCCAGCGCCUUCUGCUACGAGAACGAGGUGGCGCUGUGCUGCGGAGAAGACGAGGAGGAGCGGACGGGCGAGAAUCUGACCGGGGUUCCCACAGACUUCCAGAAAAUGUUCCAGGACUCGGCCACGAUGACCUCCGGCAGCAACAUGCUCUGCGUAUUAGACAUGGACAAUCAGAUUGAGUUUGACAUUCUGCAGACUGCCAUACCGCUCGACCCCAUGACUUACAAGAGCGAGUCUGAGAUAUGACAUUCCCACAAUCUUCCCAAAGGAGGAAGUGGGUGUGUUUGGCCUCAAGGAACACGUGACCCUAAAGGUCGUGACCUCAUGUCAUGUCACCUAAAUGGUCAUUCACGAGAUCACACGAGGCAGGGGCACAUAAUGUGGCUUCCAGUGGAGAUCAGACGCAUCCAUGAAACUGAUGACAGAAAAUCAGACUAAGAUGCCAAGAAUGAAACAAGUGAAGCACAGAUAAAGUCACCAAAGGAGACGAGCUCAGGACGGACUGAUGUUUCUCCCUGUACUGUACCGUCACGCGGCGUUCACGUCUACAGUUACCGUAGUACCAUGUGCUUCUUUAUUGUUAACUGUGAGUUCAACAAAAGACUUGAACGUAAACGCAACAAUAUUUAUAUAGUUUUAUCUAAGUUCUGUUUGUUUGAAUAGAUUUUUCUUUCAGCUCUGCCAUUUUUUGAACGUUUGGAGAGAUGGAAAGAUGAAAUUGUCUGAAAUUAAUUUCCAUCCUGGUGAAAGAAUCACAGACAUUUAUUUGAAUUCAUCUUCAAAGCAAUGUAAAAAAUGUAGAAAAAUUAUGAAUUAGAUAAAAAUAAUGAUAAUGACAAUAAAGAUAAACAAUGACAAUCCCAGCUAACAAAACUAAGUUCCAAGAACAUUUGGCUAACUUUCCCAUCAAGUUAUAAAAAACUUAUUUCUGAAUGUUUUAGUUGGACGUUCAUCUAAUGUUUUUUAAAUGUUACUGGGUCAUUGAUGAAUAAGGUUUUUAAAAGUGUAAAAACACAUAAUAUGGAGAUAUAAUUAUUUUUGAAGUUUUAUUAAGUGUUAUGAAUGAGAUUAUGUGGUUUUUAUAAUCAAUUAACACUGCUUUUGUCAUUUUUUACAAGAUGGACAAAAUUUGUCACCAAAAAAGUCAUUCGGUUUAACCAAAAUUUCGGUUUUACCGAAUGACACUUUUGGUUAUACCGAAUGAUGAUAUUUUCAGACAAUGCUAACAGGCUGAUAUCUAGCUAUCUAGCAAAAGGACAAUCAAACAUUUUAUAUUUAGUACAAGUUUUUAAAAUAUUACAACAUUUUCCAUGUUUUAUAGCGGUUGUACCGAAUGACCUGAUGUUUCGGGACAUGCAUAUGAGCAAUUGAAAACAUUAAUUUUUCAAAUAGUUAAAAGAUAGUUAGUUACUUUGCUUCAUGACCAUGUGGUCCUUUGCAGGUGUCUGAAUGAUGUCACAUCCUGUCACAUGAUAUUGACUGCAUGACUCCAAAUGACAUCAAUGAAAUUCAUUUUUCUGGCCAUUCUUUGUCUUAACAAAGCAACGACUUCUACACAUAAUUUUAAUACCAUUUUGCACUAUGUUGAUAUAUGAUGUUAUAAAAUCAUGCCAGAAUAAAAAAUAUAUACAUUUAUUACAUUUUAAGAUAUUUUAAUCACAAAUGAAAUGGCUGUAUUGGCCUUUGGACAGUUAAACCAAAUGACUUAAUGACUUUGAGACUUCAAAAUCUUUAAAAUACCUUUAUAUGUAGUAAAAUAUAAUUAAAACCUUUUGGAUUCAAUAAAAGUGAUCUAGUUGUACUACCUUACAUACUUUGGAUGUCAUAUCUUUGGUUUUAAUUAUUAUUGAGGCCUUUGGACAAAAAAUGACCUGUCACAUCAUUGACCCUAUACUUGUUUCAGAACGUUCAGAGAACAUUCAAAAGUAACGUUCCCAUAAAAUGGAAUGUUCCCUUAACAUUUGAAACAAUGUUUUAAACGAACGUUCUAUUAACGUUACUGAAAGAACGUUUUUUCGUAACUUUGAAAAACCUUGUUAGAACGUUCUGACAACGUUCCCUGUUAGCUGGGAUUCAACCAAUAUGUAUCUGAAUACGUUCACCCUAGGUCUUCGCUCAUUUUAUUUGAUUGUUUUACAUGUUAAGUGUGUUGCACAUCAUUAUAAUGGUUUUGUGUUGGACUCGUCCAGCGUUUAAAAGGGAAUGAGGUUUAAUGCAGUGGAAUAUUUGAGGAAAAGCACUUUGAACUUUACUGUGAAACUCUGAACUCGAAGAGAUGGACAUGGCGACAUAAGCUGAUGUAGCGGGAUAAAACGCUCAAGUCUUUAAUGUAUAAACUAGAUUGUCAAUCAGUCGUUCCCCCAGACGCUUUUCCUCUGAUCGUGCUUGUUUUUCUGGGUGAAUCUGAUGUGUGUAAAUAUAUAAAGCUGCUGCUGCAUGAUGGGAAUCUUUUACGAUCCUUUUCUAAGCGCGUCUUCCCGUUUGAAAAUCUUCCAGAUGAUGUUCUGAUGGAGAAACUUUUACUUGAAAGUCCUGAAAUGCACUUUAUCUUGUCGUGUUGCACCUUCUAAUGUCAUACUGAAAUAAAUAAAUCUUUAUACUGCA